GGCGACGGUCACGGUUGCCUGCUCUAACCAGCUCCCGGUAGCCCGGCACCGAAGGAAGGCGUCGUGCAGCUGCACUGAUCGAUCCCGCCCAGCCAUGGACCGGAAGGUGGCCCGAGAAUUCCGGCAUAAGGUAGAUUUUCUAAUUGAAAAUGAUGCAGAGAAGGACUAUCUCUAUGAUGUGCUGCGGAUGUACCACCAGACCAUGGACGUCACUGUGCUUGUUGGAGACCUGAAGCUGGUCAUCAAUGAGCCCAACCGCCUGCCACUGUUUGAUGCCAUCCGGCCACUGAUCCCAUUGAAGCAUCAGGUGGAAUAUGAUCAGCUGACCCCUCGGCGCUCCAGGAAGCUGAAGGAGGUGCGUCUGGACCGGCUGCACCCCGAAGGCCUUGGCCUCAGCGUGCGUGGGGGCCUCGAAUUUGGCUGUGGGCUUUUCAUCUCUCAUCUCAUCAAAGGAGGUCAGGCAGAUAGCGUUGGUCUCCAGGUGGGGGAUGAGAUUGUCCGGAUCAAUGGAUAUUCCAUCUCCUCCUGCACCCACGAGGAGGUCAUCAAUCUGAUAAGAACCAAGAAGACUGUGUCCAUCAAAGUGAGACACAUUGGCCUGAUCCCUGUGAAGAGCUCUCCUGAGGAGCCCCUCAAAUGGCAGUAUGUGGAUCAGUUUGUGUCAGAAUCUGGGGGCAGUCGAGGCAGCCUGGGUUCUCCUGGGACACGGGCACACAAGGAGAAAAAAGUCUUCAUCAGCCUGGUGGGCUCACGGGGCCUUGGCUGCAGCAUUUCCAGUGGCCCAAUCCAGAAACCAGGCAUCUUCAUCAGCCAUGUGAAGCCUGGCUCCCUGUCUGCAGAGGUGGGAUUGGAGACAGGAGACCAGAUCGUUGAAGUCAAUGGCAUCGACUUCUCUAACCUGGACCACAAGGAGGCUGUGAACGUGCUGAAGAGUAGCCGCAGCCUGACCAUCUCCAUUGUAGCUGGAGCUGGCCGGGAGCUGUUCAUGACUGACCGCGAGCGGCUGGCAGAGGCACGGCAGCGCGAGCUGCAGCGGCAGGAGCUCCUGAUGCAGAAGCGGCUGGCCAUGGAGUCCAACAAAAUCCUCCAGGAGCAGCAGGAGAUGGAGCGCCAGAGGAGAAAGGAAAUUGCCCAGAAGGCAGCAGAGGAAAAUGAGAGAUACCGGAAGGAGAUGGAACAGAUCGUGGAAGAGGAAGAGAAGUUUAAGAAGCAGUGGGAAGAAGAUUGGGGCUCUAAGGAACAGCUCCUCUUGCCCAAAACCAUCACUGCUGAGGUGCACCCAGUACCCCUUCGCAAGCCAAAGUCUUUUGGGUGGUUUUACCGGUACGAUGGCAAAUUCCCAACUAUCCGGAAGAAAGGAAAAGAUAAGAAGAAAGCCAAGUAUGACAGCCUGCAGGAGUUGAGAAAGAAUAAGAAGGAAUUGGAAUUUGAACAAAAGCUUUACAAAGAGAAAGAGGAGAUGCUGGAGAAGGAAAAGCAACUAAAGAUUAACCGGCUGGCCCAGGAGGUGUCUGAGACAGAGCGGGAAGACCUUGAGGAAUCAGAAAAGAUUCAGUAUUGGGUGGAAAGGCUGUGUCAGACACGCCUUGAGCAGAUUUCCUCUGCUGAUAAUGAGAUUUCAGAGAUGACCACAGGGCCCCCGCCUCCCCCGCCUUCUGUGUCUCCCCUGGCCCCACCUCUGAGACGCUUCGCAGGUGGACUGCACCUCCACACCACUGACCUGGAUGACAUCCCCUUGGACAUGUUCUACUAUCCCCCCAAGACCUCCUCUGCCUUGCCUGUGAUGCCCCACCCUCCACCCUCUAACCCACCUUCAAAGGUCCCUGCACCCCCUGUGCUUCCCUCAUCGGGCCAUGUGAGUGCCUCAUCCUCACCCUGGGCACAGUGCACUCCACCUGCCAUUCCCAUCCCUCCCCCUCCAUCCAUUCCCACCCAAGACCUCACUCCUACCCGCCCACUGCCCUCGGCCCUGGAAGAGGCACUGGGCAACCAUCCCUUCCGCAUUGGGGACACCAGCACUCCAGUGGAGGACUGGGAGGCAAAGAAUCACAGUGGAAAACCUGCCAACUCCCCUGCCCCUGAACGGGGCUUCCCACCCACCCCGAAGACAUUUUGCCCAAGCCCACAGCCUCCACGAGGCCCUGGCGUAUCCACCAUCUCCAAACCUGUCAUGGUCCACCAGGAGAACAACUUUAUCUACAGGCCAGCUGUGAAAUCCGAGGUCCUGCCACAGGAGAUGUUGAAGAGGAUGGUGGUUUAUCAGACAACAUUCAGACAAGAUUUCCGGAAAUAUGAGGAAGGUUUUGACCCCUACUCUAUGUUCACCCCAGAGCAGAUCCUAGGGAAGGACGUCCGGCUCCUGCGCAUCAAGAAGGAGGGAUCCUUAGACCUGGCCCUGGAAGGUGGCGUGGAUUCCCCAGUUGGGAAGGUGGUUGUCUCAGCUGUGUAUGAGGGGGGAGCUGCUGAGCGACAUGGUGGCAUUGUGAAAGGAGAUGAGAUCAUGGCGAUCAAUGGCAAGAUCGUGACAGACUACACCCUGGCUGAGGCAGAGGCCACCCUGCAGAAGGCCUGGAAUCAGGGCGGGGACUGGAUCGACCUUGUUGUUGCCGUCUGUCCCCCCAAGGAAUACGACGAUGAGCUCUCUUCUCUUCCCUCCUCUGCAGCAGAAAGUCCCCAGCCAGUCCGAAAGCUCCUUGAAGACCAUACUCCUGUGUACAGACACGGGUUCCUCCUGCAGCUGGAGCCCACGGUGAAUAGGACUUUCUUCUGAAGUCCAGAGAGAGAAAACAAAUUCAUCC